CCUGACGACGGUCACCAUGUACGAUGAACCCAAGCGCAAUAGGGCCGAAGCCCGCCGGCUCAAGAAGCGGGAAGUCGAUCGCAAGGCCCAGAGAUCAGCUCGUGAGAGGACAAAGAGUCGCAUUGCGCAGCUCGAGAGCAUGGUUGAAAAUCUACGACAAAACGACACCCCAGCGCAAAUAACCUCAUUGAUGGAUCAGCUGGGCAACGUUACAAAAGAAAGGGAUAAAUUAUUAGGGGUGCUCGAUUCGCUAGGCUCAACUAUUCGCUGCCAUCUCAUUGACUUGACCACGAGCGAACCUGCUCCAGACACAAGAUCCGAAUCGUCGACGCACGCAUCAACAAGAGGAUUUGCGCCCCGGGUAUUGGGGGAAGGAAUACUUCCAAUCGCCACCACUACUACAAGAGUGUCAUCAGAAACGACUGGCUCUCCAAUGCCACAAAUCCCAAUAGACCCUCCUCCAAAUGAUCCCUUUACCUGCGACGGCUGGACCUACGACGGCUGGACCUACAACGACUGGACCUACACCGUGAGCAACAAGCCAUAUCCUACGACCAUGGCCUUUGACAACUCAAUUCUCCCACCCAGCGUGGACCAUCUCGUGCAGAGAUAGUAGCAGGUCAACUUGAAGACCAAUUCCUCCCAGAGUUCAGUUUCUUAUCUUCGGCGGCUGAAGCAAUGCCUGCCAUUGGCUCUGUCAGGGCGUCAGGGGUUGUUGGUUAGUGUUAUCGACUAAAUGAUGUCAGGUUGGUGUAGUUUAGGUCAUGGCUGUUCUAGGCGACUUGUAACGAUCGCAAAUCUGAUUAUGGCCAGUACUGCGUCCCCUUUCGGCUUUUUC